AUGAAUUCUUCUGAAAGAGAUGUUUUAGUUGCUAAUGGCACUGAUGUUACUGUCUUCAUUCUCCUGGGCUUUCCAGGUGGCCAAGAAAUGCAGGUAGUUUACUUUUCUUUAUUCUUAGUCAUUUACAUAUUAACAGUUGUGUCCAACACUCUCAUAAUUACAAUGGUAUGGGUGGAUUCUCGUCUACAUAUUCCAAUGUAUUUGUUUCUCAGCAACUUUGCUGUUUUGGACACAUGGUGCUCAACAGCUGUCGUUCCCAAAACAAUGCAUUACCUAAUAACACAAGACAAAGUGAUAUCUUAUGCAGAAUGCCUUGCACAACUCUGUUUUGUACACUCUGUUGGACCUACUGAAUUUUUUUUGCUCACUGUCAUGGCUUACGAUAGAUAUCUUGCAAUCUGCCACCCUCUACGCUAUGCAACAAUGAUGAGCAAUCAGAUCUGUCUGUAUUUAGCCAUUGGUUCCUGGAUGAGUGGCUUCUUUACCGGAUGGACACUGACGAUUCCCACUGCCAUGCUGAAAUUUUGUGGACCCAAUCUUAUUAACCAUUUCUUUUGUGAUUAUAUACCUCUGGUAAAAUUAUCCUGUUCAAAUACCUCUAUCAGCGAGACUGUUUUCUUUUCAUUUGCUUGGGUUGUUGUACUUUGCUCUCUGGGUUUUACCACAGUUUCUUACUCUUAUAUAAUUAAGACUGUUCUCAAGAUUCCAUCAGUUCUAGGUCGGAAAAAAGCCUUUUCCACUUGUGCUGCUCAUUUAACCAUUGUCUUGAUCUUCUACGGUACUGUCAUCUUUAUGUAUGUUCGGCCAAGGGCCUCUUAUUUUUCUGACAAAGACAAAGUGAUUUCUUUGUUUUAUUCAGUAAUAACCCCGCUUCUAAAUCCACUUAUCUACAGUCUCAGAAACCGAGAGUUCAGACAGGCUAUGAAGAAAAUGCAAGGGAAGAUUUAUAAUUCCUUCUCUAGAUUUUAUAUAGAGUGA